AUGCGUGAUAAUGUCAUCAACCUCAAGGUUGUUUUGGCAAAUGGGGAUGUAGUUAAGACAGGUUCUCGUGCAAGAAAGAGUGCUGCGGGAUAUGAUUUGACACGGCUGAUAAUUGGAAGUGAAGGAACCUUGGGAGUAAUAACAGAAGUUGCUUUACGGCUUCAAAAAAUAUCCCAGUAUUCAGUGGUCGCGAUGUGCAACUUCCCGACAAUUAAGGAUGCAGCUGAUGUUGCUAUUGCCACGAUGAUGUCUGGGAUCCAGGUAUCCAGGGUAGAACUGUUAGAUGAGGUUGAAGUGAAGGCUAUUAACAUUGCGAAUGGGAAAAAUUUUCCAGAAGUUCCAACAUUAAUGUUUGAAUUCAUAGGGACAGAAGCAUAUUCACGGGAGCAGACAUUAAUGGUUCAGAAGAUUGCUUCUGAGCACAAUGGUUCUGAUUUUUUCUUUGCGGAGGAUCCUGAAGCUAAAAAGGAACUUUGGAAGGAUGUAUGUGUUCCUUUGUCACGGCUUGCAGAAUUGAUAUCAAGAUCUAAGCAGGAACUUGAUGCAUCAUCAUUGGUGUGUGCUGUCAUUGCUCAUGCUGGUGAUGGGAACUUCCAUACACUGAUCCUCUUUGACCCCAACCAAGAAGACCAAAGGCGAGAAGCUGAGAGACUAAACCAUUUCAUGGUCCAUACAGCUUUAUCAAUGGAAGCCGUUGACCAAAUGGAAGUUUCUUUAUUUUUUCAGUACCUUGAAAAGGAACUUGGAAUAGAGGCUUUGAGGACAAUGAAAAGAAUAAAGGCAGUCUUGGAUCCCAACAAUAUCAUGAAUGCAGGAAAACUGAUUCCUCCUCAUGUUUGUUUCUAAGCUAUAUUCAUCUUCAGAUUGCAGAACUGCAUGUUGUCCUAUAUUAGGUGAGAAGCCUAAAAAUUGUAAGUCAUAUUUUAUAUUUUGGAUGAGAAAAUCAUGACAAGCAAUGCAAGCUUAGCUGUUUUACUUCGAUCA